AUGGCAAGAAAUCUUCGCAGCUUCGCCGCGUUUCUUGCGAUUUUCUUGACGUUUUUAAUCCACUCGAGCGAUGCUUCUGAUCGAGAGUAUGACUACUCCAACAACAGCCCGCGCGGGCCGCAGCGAUGGGCGAGCCUCCACCGAUCGUGGACGCUGUGCAGCUCCGGCUCACUCCAGUCGCCCAUCAAUCUCACCAAAGAGACGGUCUUGCGCGACAAAACCCUGCACAAGCUCGACUCCAAUUACAACUCCACUGCCAUCGCUACGGUUCUGGACUGGAAAGAGGAUGUGGUCCUUAACUUCCCAGACAAUGCUGGUGAUUUGAUGAUCAACGCGACCCAGUACAAGCUAGUCCAGAUCCGUGUCCACUCGCCCAGCGAGCAUAUGCUGGAAGGAAAAACGUUUCCUGCCGAAGUCCAUCUCGUCCAUAACAGCACUGACGACUCCAGCCGCAUUGCGAUCGUAGCAUUCUACUUCAAGCUCGGGCGUCCAAACACUUUCAUUGGCCAGGUGAUCGAUGCACUCAACUCCACCCAAAACUUGGGCGAGCUCAACCCAACGCUACUCAAGAUGGUGGGCAGGCCGUACUACCGCUACUCGGGCUCGCUGACCAGCCCACCCUGUACGGAGGGCGUUGACUGGUACGUGGUCAAGAAGAAUCGCCGCAUGUCCGUUGACCAGUUCCAGUUCAUCCACAGCUAUGUCAACGGAAGCAACGCAAGGCCCAUGCAGCCUGCCAAUGGACGAGAAAUCGAAGCUUAUAAAUAGUAUAAGAAUUACGUGAAC